UCGGGGAGUUUAGAUAUGGAUAUGGACGAUAUGAACGAAAUAAUACGCAGAAUUUUCAAAUGGGCUCUUUUUAAACAGGGACGAACGCAAACAGAGCCCAUUACCAGAAAAUCCAACUCUGACUGCGAAAACCCUGCUCAUUUUUGGAAUCAGUUACUUGCACUCAUUGGUACAGAGGAGGAUGUGCAAAUUAGGAGAGAUGUCAACGAUAUUUACACAUAUGCUUUAUGCGACAACCAAACAAAAUGUGAUUAUAUGUCCGGUAGUAAAGGUGAAGGUUUUUUGUUUUAUUGGAGUGACAUUGAUAUCAUGCAAUCUUUUCUCGGACAUACUAUCAACAUGGAAACAUUUUAUAAUGGAAGUAUGUUUACAGCAAAUAAAACUGGUUGUCAAGCAGGAUUCUGUAAACUUGUUUGUGAAAGCAAUAAGGAUAAUAAUUGCUCGCAAAAUUGUUAUCUAUCUAGAGUUGAGUUUUUACAAUUACGACUGCGGAACACUUUUAAUAAAAACUUUGACUGCACCAGUCAUGGACCAUGUUUGUCAACAAAAUAUCCAAAAGGAUUCGACGUUUGUUAUGCUAUGCCAAUACAUCCUGAUUCUUGUGUUAAUUUUUUGAAAACCUUUCAAACAAAGUUUUGGAACGAUGUUAAAUCGAGAAUCAUUGCCGAAAAAAUAAGUGUCAUGCAUUGUGUUCCUAAAGGUCCAGAUACAGGAGACGAAGAGGGACUUCAAUGGUUGAUCUCUUUUUCAGUUCUUGAACAACAUAUAGUCCGUUCAUUGAAUCAUGUUCAGUUCUGUUGUUACGGAUUGAUGAAAGUAAUAUUACAUUCAUUUAUUGACAUAUUGACUGACACUCACGACACACUUUCGUCCUACCAUUUAAAAACUGUUCUUUUUCAUGUUCUUGAAGAUGUGCAUCAAGAUUUCUGGAUUCCACAAAACAUCUUUUACUGUAUACGGAUCUGUUUAACUCGACUAAUAUCAUUCCUUAUUAGAGGAUCUUGUCCAAACUAUUUCAUACCAGAAAGUAACCUCUUCUUAAAAUCGAAAAUUAUUGAAAAAAAGUGUAAAGUACUGAAACGUCUUCUUGAAAUGUUUCUUUGUAAAAAUUCAUUAUAUAGUUUCACUGUAUGUAGUUAUAUUCACAGAGAUAAGUUAGUUUUACUAUCCGAAUCUCAUGAGGUUCGCAUAUUUUAUUCAUUAUGUUCAGCACUUAAUGUGGUAAAGGGUUAUCAGACUACGUAUCGGGAAUGCGUGCAUUCAAUUCUAAAGAUCAUUCAUGCUUUACAACUAGAGGAUGACGUGCUGAGGAUACCUAUUCUUAAGUACAUAGGGUUACUGCUUAUGAGAAGAAUAGGAAUAAUAAUGUAUGAUAAAUUCGCUCUGACUGGGUAUAAAUCGUAUUUAUUAUCAGCAGAAGUGGCACUCAUGUUUGCUCAACGCGCCAACGUUCUUGGUUCGAUCGACUUGGCGACACUGUGGUACUGUCAAAAAAAGUAUAAGCAAUGCAUAAAAUUGCUAUGUAGUGAAACUGACAAUUUAACAAUUAGUCCUCUAAUAAAGAUUGUAUAUAAUGAAUCCCUUGUAGCAAAAUGUACAAAAGAACAUUGUGAUUAUUCAACCCUGUUUGGGCAGCAUUACUUUAAGUCAAUGGUAGACAUGCAUAAAACGAGUCAUCUCUUUCCGGAAGAUUUAAGAUAUCUUGUUGAAAACUGUAACAUUUAUGAGUUUGUAGUUUAUGAUAAAUCAUAUGCAUAUUUUUUAUUAUUCCUAAUCUAUACCGAUUUGCAUAAAAGAUCGGAGAGCAUUAUGAUGUAUUGGAAAUUGCUGGAAUCUUACAAAGAGUUACCUUUGCAUUUAAAGGACAGUAUCUUCGUACAAAAUACUAAAAAAUUAAUUGAAAUUGUCUGGAAAAAACUGAAUUGAUAUACACAUCAUUAUACAUCGACAGAAUUGAAUGUUUAUUUAUUCUGUAUGAAUUUACUAUAUUGUCGCUGUUAUUGUUUAAACUGUAGAUGAA